UAGAAUAAUGGGCCACAUAAGAUGCCACACAAUCUGCAACACUAUUCGUCUUCCUAUAGACAUAUGUAGUCCGAUAGAAUGAGCACUAGCCCAAAAUACUGCAUAUGUUAUGGAGCAGCCGGACCUACAUGCUGCCAAUCUCUGACCCUGAAUCCACUUGAUCAUAGCGGCAGAGCCUCUCUCCAAGAGAAUGUUGUCUGCACUCAACACAUGUUUUGUAUAGGUGAUGCCGUCUCAUGCUGCUAUAAGCUCAUUAUCCAUCACGAACUAAUCAAAAAUCCGUUGGUCCCCAACCGUCACGAAUCUGGCCUUCUGAUCUCGGAUUACAAAUUUCGCACUACUGUUACUCCCUCCCACAGAGGUGGGAGCUGAAAUCCUUCCUUAGUAGCUCAUUUUCAACACUAUAAUUCGUGGACUAUGUACAAACGCACUUUCUAUAGCCUUGCAACAUUAAAAAGAAAAGUUAUUUUACCAGCCUAAACAAGCUUUUAUAUUUACUCUUAUAGUUGGAUUUUUUUUUGAAAAUAAAAUUGUGGUUAUUACGGUGACAAAAUAUAACAGCAACAGUGGGUAGCCAUGACUAUAGCGGGACAAUGAUUAACGAUUUAUGUGCUCGUACGCAUCCACAGUGGUCGCCUCCAUCCACACUUCUUUAACGGCCCGUCAACUAAGCCCAGUGCUACGCUCCAAUGGCGACUCACGUGACCCGUGUGACAUGGUUAAUUGGUUCCCUCCCUGGGGCCCAACAAGGAGCGCAGAGUGGCUGCCGCUGGACUCGGUAACAUCAUCUUUAAACCAAUCCCCAUUCCACGUGUCGAGUCAAAUUGCGGUUGGUGUCUAUUCCAGUGGGGACCACACAGCAGACCCACCACGUCAUGCAUGGCGCACCCAUCGUCCCAGUGCUCCCGACUCCACUCUGCCCUCUCCGCUCCCCAUCUUUCCUCCAAAAUUAGCACCACCACUUCUACGGCCAGAGCGAACGUAACAUAAAUGAGGGAGAGAAUAGAGCUGUGGCCCCUUCCCUCCCUUUUAUCGUCUCUUCCGGGCUCUUCUCUCCGCACUUUUGGACAAAUUUCGCACCCCAUCUAAUUUCUUUUGCGUUCUUUCCUUGCAUAGCUAAUUUUCUUUCCCCACUUUGGGUGGUGGGCUCCUGUAGACCCCACCUCCGUAUGCCUGCCUUUUAAUUUUCCCCCUCUCCUCCGCGCUCCUCGAGAAGCCUCCCCAGUCCCCAGUCCCCAGUCUCACCACCGCGCUCUCUCAUCCUUUCUUUUAAAAAGCCCACGGCUCCCCAACCCUCAAAGCCUUCCACUCUCUCCCUCAAAGUACCGACUCCAAGCUGCUGUUGCCUGCCAGCACAUACACUGACAUACCUUCCAUCACCAAGACCUCUCUAUCUGGGCCUCAGUGCUCUCAUGUGAGCAGAAGAACAAGCAGCUGGAAAUACUUUCCGAGGCCAGAGAAGGUGGUAAGAGAGGAGAAGAGAAAUAGAGUAGCGGGUGGAGAGAAUGGCUUACAUGUGCGCUGAUAGCGGCAACUUGAUGGCCAUCGCCCAGCAAGUCAUCCAGCAGAAGCAGCAACAACAGCAGCAACGGCAGCAGCAACAGCAGAACGUCGCUGCUUCCGUUAACCCACCGCCGUGGGGGGCCCACCACCACCCUCCCAUCCCCGAACAUUUUCCCUUCGUCCUCCCCGACUCCGCCACCUUCCCGGACCCAUUCGCCUCCGACUCCGGCCCCGGUUCGGUGCUCGGCUUCAAUCCCCCGGUCCACCUCGACCAUGGCCCCUUCCGGCUCUCCGACUUCGGCUCCUCCGCCUCCGCCGCCGCCGCCAUCGCGGGGGACUUUGACUCCGACGAGUGGAUGGAGAGCUUCAUCGGGGGGUCGCCGGCGGAGAGCUCCGAUCUGAUGAGCGACGCCUGGCAGGGCGGUGGGGCGGCCGUCGCGGCGGAGCUCCCGCCCUUGUUCGCUGACCCCUUUGCCGCCUGCUCCGCCGCCGCCAUCAGCGUCCCCUCGCCCGCCUCCACUUCCGAUCUCAACCGCGUCGUUUUCUCCGACCCGGUCAAGAUCUCUCCCCCGCCUCUGGCUCCCCACCAGGCGAUAGCCGUUCCUACGCCAAAUCCGCCGCCGCAGCAGGUUCAGCUCCAAGCCUUGUCCUUCGAUCCGCCCCCGCCGGCCCAACCGAAGAACGAUGCCGUGUUCCGAGAUCCGGCGGCGGCGGCGGAGAGCAACUCCCCUUCGCCGUCCCCGCCGCUGCUCCAAGCCCUCCUCGAGUGCGCCCGGAUCGCCGACUCCGAACCGGAUCUGGCUGCCAAGUCCCUGGUCAAGAUCCGGGAGUCGGCGUCCGACCUCGGCGAUCCGACGGAGCGGGUCGCCUUCUACUUCGCGGAGGCCCUCUGCAGCCGCCUCGCCGCCGCCGCCGCCGCCGGAGGUGCUCAUCUGAAGGAUCGCUCCUCUCCACCGCCUUCGUCGUCGUACGAUUCCUCGCCGGAGGACUUCACCCUAUGCUACAAAGCCCUCAACGACGCGUGCCCUUACUCCAAGUUCGCCCACCUCACCGCGAACCAGGCGAUCCUGGAGGCCACCGAGUCGGCGUCCCGGAUCCACAUCAUCGACUUCGGGAUCGUCCAGGGAGUUCAGUGGGCGGCGCUCCUCCAGGCCCUUGCCACCCGCCCCGCGGGAAAGCCGGCCAAGAUUCGGAUCUCCGGCAUCCCCGCCCUGGCGCUCGGCGACUCCCCUGCGGCCUCCCUCGUCGCCACCGGCAACCGCCUGCGCCACUUCGCCGCCCUCCUCGACCUGGACUUCGAGUUCGAGGCGGUCCUCACCCCGAUCCCGGAGCUCACCGAGUCGACGUUCCGGAUCGAGCCGGGCGAGUCCGUGGCGGUCAACUUCAUGCUCCAGCUCUACACCUUACUGGGCGAGUCGACCGAGCCGGUCGAGCGAGUACUCCGGCUCGCGAAGUCGCUCGGGCCGGCCGUUGUGACGCUGGGGGAGUACGAAGCGAGCCUGAACCGGUCUGGGUUCGCGGAGCGGUUCGGGACGGCGCUGGCGUACUACGCGGCGGUGUUCGAGUCGCUCGAGCCGGCUUUGGACCGGGAGUCGCCGGAGCGGGUCCGGGUGGAGCGGCUCCUGCUGGGUCGUCGGAUCCGAGCGGCGGUGGGGCCCGGGGAGGGGGCGAAGCGGAGGGAUAGGAUGGAGGGGAUGGAGGAAUGGACGGCCAUGAUGGGGCGAUGCGGGUUGGGCCCCAAGGUGUUGAGCAACUACGCGGUGAGCCAAGCGAAGCUUCUCCUCUGGAAUUAUGACUACAGCUCCCAGUACAGGCUCUUGGAUUCCCCGCCGGGUUUCCUCUCGCUCGCCUGGGAGGACCGCCCCCUCCUCACGGUUUCCUCGUGGCGCUGACGACGAUGUAAGCAGUUGAAAAUUGAAGUGGGGGGAUUUUAGAGAGAAGAAUGUUUUUGUGUUGUUCCCAAAAUCUCCACUCUUAUGCUCUUCUUUCUUUUUAGUUUAAUUGAAGUAUUGAUAUAUGUGAGAAAGUUAGGCUUGGUAAUGGUGGCGUUAUGGGAAGUCAAGUCACCACAACCAUUUGUGGACUGAUUGCUUGGUGUGCUGCGGCGCUAAUUGCUUGUUGAUUUAGACUUGCUGUUUUGGGGGUUUUAGUGGUUUAGUGUGAAAGGUUAUAAUACGUCUGAUUGUAAAGAUGAAAAGAGACGUUACAUCUAUUACGAGUAGUCUUUUUGACUUGAUUCGAUUCAUCUAUAAAGUAUUAAAAAGUAAAGAAAGUUGAUUUA